AAGGAAGCCAGCGAAGCGGACCAUUUCGCACGGAGGCACCGAGGAAGCGAGCGAGGAGGGACCCAAGCCAUGGCGCUGCCGCUGGCCCUGGUGGCCCUGCUCGCCGCGGCGGCGGCGGCGAGGGAGGCGCACGGGUACGUGGCGUACAACACGAGCGCGGGGACGGCGGCCGGGCUGCUGAACGUGCACCUGGUGCCGCACUCCCACGACGACGUCGGCUGGCUCAAGACCGUCGACCAGUACUACGUCGGCUCCAACAACUCCAUCCAGGGCGCGUGCGUUAUGGACACGCUAGACUCCGUGGUGGACGCGCUGGCCAGGGACCCCGGCCGCAAGUUCGUCGUCGCGGAGCAGGCCUUCUUCCAAAGGUGGUGGGUAGAGAAAAGCCCAAAAAUCCAGGCCAUAGUGCACAAGCUAGUUGAUUCUGGUCAGCUCGAGUUCAUAAAUGGCGGGUGGUGUAUGCAUGAUGAAGCUGCUACUCAUUAUAUUGACAUGAUUGAUCAGACCACACUUGGUCAUCGGGUGAUUAAAAAACAAUUCAACAAGACUCCAAGAGCUGGCUGGCAAAUCGAUCCUUUCGGUCAUUCUGCUGUGCAAGCUUAUUUGCUAGGAACAGAGCUUGGUUUCGAUUCUGUGCACUUUGCAAGAAUUGAUUACCAAGAUAGGGCAAAGCGUAAAGACGAUAAAGGCCUGGAAGUUAUAUGGCAGGGCUCAAGAACAUUUGGUUCAUCUUCUCAGAUCUUUACAAAUGCAUUUCCUGUCCAUUAUAGCCCUCCCGAUGGGUUUAGUUUUGAAGUUUUGAAUGACAUGACACCUGUUCAGGACGACCCGUUGCUGUUUGACACCAAUGUUGAACAACGCGUUAAUGAUUUUGUUUCUGCAGCCAUAGCACAGGCAAACGUUACGCGUACAAAUCACAUAAUGUGGACCAUGGGCGAUGAUUUUAAUUAUCAGUAUGCUGAAUCCUGGUUCCGGAAUAUGGAUAGACUUAUCCAUUACGUGAACAAGGAUGGACGAGUGCAUGCACUGUAUUCUACUCCAUCCAUUUACACUGAUGCAAAACAUGCAUCAAAUGAAUCUUGGCCACUCAAACAAGAUGAUUAUUUCCCAUAUGCUGAUUCAACAAAUGCUUACUGGACUGGGUAUUUUACGAGCCGUCCGACUUUCAAGCGAUAUGUUCGAAUGCUCAGUGGAUAUUACCUGGCUGCACGUCAAAUAGAAUUUCUUGUGGGAGGAUCGUUCACUUCUAGCUUGGAGGAUGCACUGGGAAUUGCCCAGCAUCAUGAUGCCGUCUCAGGAACGGCAAAGCAACACACAACUGAUGAUUACUCGAAACGCCUUGCUCUCGGAGCAUCCCAGGUCGAGAAAGGUGUAAAUACUGCUUUGUCUUGUCUGACAAGCUCUAAAGGAACAUGUAUGUCUCCAGCAGUAAAGUUUAGUCAGUGCCAACUGCUCAAUAUAAGCUACUGCCCUUCAACUGAGGAACAAAUUUCAGGAGGAAAGGGUUUAGUUAUAACUGCUUAUAAUCCUCUUGGAUGGGAACAUAGUGACUUCAUACGGGUUCCGGUCAAUGACUUACACCUAGUCGUAAAAAGCUCUGAUGGAAGUUUUGUUGAUUCACAACUAGUUGAGGUUGAUAAUGUGACUAGCAAUUUAAGGAGGUUGUAUGUGAAGGCUUAUCUCGGAAUCAAUGCAGACAAACCCCCAAAGUAUUGGCUAGUAUUUAAGGCUUCUGUUCCACCAAUGGGAUGGAAUACUUACUUCGUCUCAAAAUCCAAGGGAACAGGAUCUAACAGAAUGGGGUAUGUCUCAAGCAUCGCUUCUCCAAGCAAAGACACAGUUGAAGUUGGACCAGGGUCUCUAAAGAUGACAUUCUCCUCAGCAUCUGGACAACUUACGCGGAUGUCCAAUUCUAUCACAGGAGUGGAUUUACCAAUUCAACAGAGCUUUCUUUGGUAUGGUUCAAGAACCGGUGAUGGGGAUUCACAGGCAUCUGGAGCUUAUAUUUUUAGACCAGAUGGGUCUACACCAACUGCUGUUUCGAGAUCGAUACCGUUAAAAGUCAUCCGUGGACCUCUGGUUGAUGAAGUCCACCAGCAAUUCAGCCCAUGGAUUUAUCAGGUUACAAGACUCUAUAAGGAUAAGGAUCAUGCUGAAGUAGAAUACACGAUUGGACCAAUCCCGGUUGAUGAUGGCAUAGGAAAAGAGGUCAUCACAAGACUGACAGCAAAUAUGGUCACAAACCACACUUUUUAUACUGAUUCUAAUGGAAGAGAUUUUCUCAAGAGGGUGAGAGACUACAGGGAAGAUUGGGAUCUUCAAGUGACUCAACCGGUUGCAGGAAAUUACUAUCCCGUCAAUCUCGGAAUGUAUGUAACAGAUGGGAAAUAUGAACUCAGUGUUCUUGUUGAUCGUGCUGUUGGAGCUUCAAGUAUUCAGGAUGGUCAAAUAGAAUUUAUGUUCCACAGGCGUAUACUUCAUGAUGAUGGCAGAGGUGUAGGGGAGCCACUCGAUGAAUCUGUUUGCGUAGACAGCAAAUGUGAUGGGCUGAUGGCUAGGGGUACUUAUUAUGUCAAUGUUAACAAGCUUGGACAUGGAGCACACUGGCGAAGGACACAAGGACAAAAAGUUUAUUCACCCUUUCUUCUUGGUUUCGCUCAUGAGGAUGAGAGCAGCUGGAAAUCGUACAGUGUUGUGAAAGAGAGCAUGAUGGAUGCAAAUUACAGUCUUCCUGAUAAUGUCGCGAUCAUCACCUUGCAGAAUCUCGAUGAUGGGACCACACUUCUCCGCUUGGGACAUUUGUUUCAGGCUGCAGAAGACCCACAAUAUUCAGUGAUGGCAAAAGUUGAACUGAAAAAAUUGUUUGGAAAGAGAACUAUCAAGGAAUUGACUGAAACUAACCUGUCCGCCAACCAAAAGAAGUCAGCGAUGAGGAAGCUCAAGUGGAGGGUUGUUGGAGACACUGAAAGUAGUCACGCCCCAGUUACCGGUAGCCCGGUUAACGAUAAAGUCCUUGUUGUCGAGCUGGGACCCAUGGAGAUAAGAACAUUCUUGGUGAAACUGUGAGCUGCAAUAGCAGAGAUAUCGUUAUGUAAUUCCAUGCAUGUUCUAGGAGAUUAUUGUGCCUUUCAUUUCUGUGAGCAAAUGCCUUCUUAUAGUUAUGUCCUUGUACUGAAAUAAAUGUGCUCAGUCACAACUUUCCCAGCAAA